GGGGUCCAAGCUCAGGCGAGGCCAGCCAGUCACGGAAAAACACCUUGCAAACUGCCCCUCACCUCACAAACCGCACAGCGUGACAGGUCCAACGACCACCUUUCCGCAAGCCAGCCCCAAGCUCCGAAAAGGGCGCGACGAUUACCGAAUCAACCACCAGCUUUGGUAUCGCGGCCACCGAACGGACGCUCAAGAUGCCCUCAUUAAUGGUCGUCAUCCUCGCCCUCGAGGUGGCGGUCGAGCUGAUCAACAACAUCGGAGCGGCGGCCAUCAACAGCGCGAUCUGGGCCAUAAUCAACGCCCUCCCCACAAAGCUCUCGACCGAGUUCGCCGAGCAGCGCAAGCUCCAGGCCGAUUACCUCGAGGUCCGCAAGGACCUUGCCGCGACCAGCAGCCAGGACGAGUUUGCGAAAUGGGCAAAGCUGCGCCGGCAGCACGACAGGCUGUAUGAGCAGCUGGAGAAGAAGAAAUCGACUCUCGACAGCACAAAGACCAACUUCGACAGAUACAUCACGGCCGCGAGGUGGAUUGGCACCCGGGGCCUCCAGUACUUCCUGCCCUUCUGGUUCGCGACGACGCCCAUGUUCUGGCUGCCCUUCGGCUGGUUCCCCUACUACGCCGAGUGGCUCAUCUCGUUCCCGCGCGCCCCGAUGGGCAGCGUCAGCAUCGCGUCGUGGCAGCUGGCCUGCACGGGCGUCAUGAUACUGUUCAGGGACGCCAUCACGGCCCUCGUGGCCUGGGCCCGGACUCCGGAGACGCCCCCGCAGAAAAAGAAGCAGGUCCAGGCUGUGCCGGCGUCUUCAAAGGCGAGGGAGAGCAAGAAGGAACUCUAGUAGCAACAUGUCUACGGAGGUAGCCGAUAGUAAAUAGACUGAAAUGCAAACCAAUUCGAGG